AUGGCUCCAAAAUCGUCGCCAUUCGAUCUUUCAAAAUGCGCGCGGCCGAACAUCUUGAGGCUGCAGCCUUACCGAUGCGCAAGAGAUGACUACAAAGAUGACGGGACGAACAUCUUGCUCGACGCGAACGAGAACGCCUACGGCCCAGGACUUGCGCUCAAUUCUGAAGGCACGCUCAAGAAACCCACACCGGAGAUUGAUUUCCUGGGCUUGAACAGAUACCCAGACCCACACCAGAUCGAAUUGAAGAAGUUGUUUUGCAAGUUUCGCAACACCCACGUUCACACACAAAAGGACCUGGGGCCGGAGAACAUGUUCGUGGGCGUCGGGUCCGACGAGGCCAUUGACGCUCUUUUGAGAUGUUUCUGUGUUCCCGGAAAGGACAAGAUCCUUACGUGUCCUCCUACGUAUGGCAUGUAUGCGGUCAGCGCGGAAGUCAACGAUGUCGAGAUUGUGAAGGUGCCCCUGGACGUCAACAAUGGCUUCCAGCUGCAGCCGGACAAGAUCAACGAGGCGUUGUCUGCGGACCCGACGAUCAAAAUGGCAUAUAUCUGCUCCCCUGGUAACCCCACCGCGAACCUGAUCAGGAAGGAAGACAUCCAGAAGGUGCUGGAGCACCCUACAUGGAACGGGGUGGUCAUCGUGGACGAGGCAUACAUUGACUUUGCGCCCGAGGGCUCCAGUCUUGCCGAGUGGGUGACCGAAUGGCCCAACCUGGUCGUGAUGCAAACUUUGAGCAAGGCCUUUGGAUUAGCAGGUAUCCGACUUGGCGUUGCGUUCACCAGCCCGGAAAUUGCCCGGCUCCUGAACAGUCUCAAAGCCCCCUACAACAUCUCCAGCCCGACGAGUGCGAUCGCGACCGCCGCCCUGUCACCCGAGAACAUGGCCGUGAUGCGCAACUAUCGCGAACAGAUCAUCGCUCAGCGCAAACGCAUGUUACAAGAGCUCCCCAAGAUCCCAGGUGUAGGUCGUUUCCUUGGUGGACAGGAAUCCAACUUCCUCCUCGUAGAGAUGCUGGACAAACCUGCCAGUGAAGGCGGAAAGCCCAGUAACGCCGUAGCCUUGGCAGCGUACGAGGCUAUGGCUGAGAAGCGGGGCGUUGUUGUCCGGUUCCGGGGCAAGGAACUCGGUUGUGAGGGCUGUUUGCGAAUCACUGUAGGAACAGAGCAAGAAGUCACUCGGUUCCUACGGGAGUUGAGGGCCGUGCUAGAUGGUCUCCUGAAAGGGGUGGAAUCAAAUCAGUCAGGGACGAGGUGA